AUGGCCGAGUGUCCCAUCAAGAAGUCCAAUAUUGGUAUGGGCGGUACCAAGAACCGCGACUGGUGGCCAAACGAGCUCAAGCUCAACAUUCUCCGCCAGCACACCUCCGUCACUAACCCGUAUAGCAAGGACUUCGACUACGCUGCAGCGUUCAAGAGCUUGGAUUAUGAGGGCCUGAAGAAGGACCUGACCGCCUUGAUGACCGACUCCCAGGACUGGUGGCCGGCGGACUUCGGUCACUACGGUGGGCUGUUCGUCCGAAUGGCGUGGCACAGCGCGGGUACAUACCGUUUAUUUGACGGCCGUGGAGGUGGCGGGCAAGGUCAACAGCGAUUUGCCCCCCUCAACUCGUGGCCUGACAAUGUUUCCCUCGACAAGGCCCGUCGCCUCCUCUGGCCCAUCAAGCAGAAGUACGGUAACAAGAUCUCCUGGGCGGAUCUCUUCCUCCUUGCUGGAAACGUGGCUAUCGAGUCUAUGGGCUUGAAGACCUUCGGUUUCGCGGGUGGCCGUCCUGAUACGUGGGAGGCUGACGAGUCUGUUUACUGGGGUGGCGAGAGUACCUGGUUGGGCAAUGAGGUCCGUUACUCUGAUGGUAAAGAAGGUAUCGAGGGCCACGGCGUCGUCGACGGUGAUCAGUCAAAGAAGGAGCACUCUGACAUCCACUCUCGCGAUCUGGAGAAGCCGCUGGCGGCUGCGCACAUGGGUUUAAUUUAUGUAAACCCCGAGGGCCCUGAUGGUAUCCCUGAUCCAGUCGCCUCCGCAAGAGAUAUCCGAACCACGUUCGGUCGUAUGGCGAUGAACGAUGAGGAGACUGUCGCCCUCAUUGCUGGUGGUCAUGCUUUUGGAAAGACCCACGGUGCUGGUCCAGCUGACAAUGUUGGCAAGGAGCCAGAAGCCGCUGGCCUUGAGUCUCAAGGCUUCGGUUGGGAGAACAAAUUCAAGUCUGGAAAGGGCGCAGAUACCAUUACCUCGGGUCUUGAGGUCACCUGGACCAGUACCCCCGUCCAGUGGAGCAACUCUUACCUCAACAACAUGUUCAAGUACGAGUGGGAGCUUACCAAGUCUCCCGCUGGUGCCAACCAGUGGGUUGCCAAAGACGCCGAGGAAAUCAUUCCUGAUGCGCACGAUCCCACCAAGAUGAAGAAGCCAUACAUGUUGACAUCUGAUCUCGCUCUCCGCUUCGACCCAGAGUAUGAGAAGAUUGCCCGUCGUUUUGCUGCAGACCAAGGUGCUCUCGAGGACGCCUUUACCCGUGCUUGGUUCAAGCUGCUGCACCGUGACAUGGGUCCACGAUCCCGCUGGCUGGGACCCGAAAUCCCAUCUGAGACACUCAUCUGGGAGGACCCAGUUCCCAAGGCCGACUAUCCAAGCAUUGAUGAGAAGGACGUCGCCGCUCUGAAGAAGGAGAUACUCGGUGCUGGUGUCAGCCCCAGCAAGCUGAUCUCGACUGCCUGGGCUUCAGCUUCCACAUUCCGCGGCGGCGACAAGCGUGGAGGUGCCAAUGGUGCUCGGAUUCGCCUUGCUCCUCAAAAAGACUGGAAGGUCAACAACCCAGCCCAACUGGCUGAGGUUCUCAGCGUUUUGGAGGGCGUUCAACAGCAGUUCAACGGUGCUGCAUCCGGUGGCAAGAAGGUUUCUUUGGCUGAUCUCAUUGUUCUCGCCGGUGUUGCAGCCCUUGAAAAGGCGUCAGGUGUUUCCGUGCCGUUCACGCCCGGCCGUACCGACGCCUCCCAAGAGCAAACUGAUAUUCAAUCUUUCGAGCAUCUGGAGCCCAUCGCCGACGGCUUCCGCAACUACGGCAAGUCCAACAGCCGAGUCACUACCGAGAUGUACCUGAUUGACCGCGCCCACCUCCUCACUCUCACUGCCCCCGAGCUUACCGUCCUGGUUGGUGGUCUCCGCACUCUGAACGUCAACUACGACGGAUCCGCCAAUGGUGUCUUCACCAACACCCCCGGCAAGCUCUCCAACGACUUUUUUGUCAACCUCCUCGACAUGAGCACUUCAUGGAAGGCCAUUGACAAGGAUACCUUUGAGGGUGUUGACCGGAAGACCGGUGCCAAGAAGUGGACUGGUACUCGUGCUGAUUUGGUCUUUGGAUCGCACGCUGAGUUGCGCGCUAUCUCUGAGGUAUACGCAAGCGCUGAUGGCCAGGAGAAGUUCGUCCGGGACUUUGUAGCUGCGUGGGACAAGGUUAUGAAUCUUGAUCGGUUUGAUUUGACGGCCAGUGGAGGCAGCAGCCGUCCCAGACUUUAG